AUGCGCUCCCCUUCGCCCCGACAUGCUGAUAUCGAGCUCGACGAGUUUGCGCCCUUCUCCUCUGAGGGGCCCUCGCGCUGGGACGCCGCCGCACCGUUGCUCUCACAGACAAAUGAUCUUGUCGAGACUCCAGCUACAAGAACGAUCAUACCUGGGGUGAAGAAGUCCUGGGCUGCUCGUCUCCUCACGAGGGUGCAGAUGGAAUCCGAGCCUGGCCUCUCAAAUGCUCAACUGAUGCUCACCAACCAUGACUUGAAGCCGGUGGAACCCCAGCGACGCCAGUGGACGGCGUGGAGUUUUGUCGCCUUUUGGAUUGCCGAUUCGUUCAACAUCAACACCUGGAUGAUUGCCUCCACUAUGCUCACCUCCGGCCUCGCGUGGUGGCACGCAUUGAUUUGUAUCUUGAUUGGCUACUCGAUCUCUGCUGUAUUGGUCUGCCUGACCGGGCGAAUAGGCGCCACCUACCACAUCUCUUUCCCUGUCGUUUGUCGUGCGUCAUUUGGCAUCUGGGGAUCGUUCUGGCCAGUCUUCAAUCGAGCGGCCAUGGCUUGUGUCUGGUACGGCGUGCAAGCGUGGAUUGGUGGUCAGUGCAUCACUUUGAUGAUUCGGUCCAUCUGGCCCUCCUUCUACACACUGCACAACGGCAUCCCCAAUUCAGGCACCAACACGAGGGACUUUGUGAGCUUCUUCAUUUUCUGGGUCGCAUCUCUCCCUGCCAUCUGGUUUCCCGUCCACAAGAUUCGCUACCUCUUCAUGGUCAAGUCUUACAUCGUCCUGGUGGCUGGACUGUCCCUCUUUACAUGGGCAAUCAGCCGUGCACGUGGCAUGGGUCCGAUAAUAAAGGAGCCGGCGACGGCGACAGGUUCUGCGCUUGCGUGGGGGUGGGUGACUGGCAUUAUGAGUUCGAUUGGCAACUUUGCGACUCUGAUUGUCAACAAUCCCGACUUCUCGCGUUUCGCCAGCAAGCCACGCGAUGCUCUUUGGACGCAGCUUUUCACCAUCCCUGUCGGGUUCGUUGUGACCUCUUUCGUGGGAAUCGUGGUGUCCUCCUCGUCCAAGGUCAUUUACGGCACAGCCAUCUGGAAUCCCCUGGACCUUCUCUCUCAAUUCCUCCUAGACGAAGCAACAUCGGCCGAGAGAGUCGGCGUCUUUGUCAUUGCGCUGGCUUUUGCGCUUGCCCAGCUCGGAACCAACAUUGCAGCGAACAGUGUCUCAGCGGGUACGGACAUGGCGGCCCUGCUACCCCGAUACCUCGACAUCCGCCGAGGAGGCUACAUCUGCGCCCUUGUUGGACUGUGCUUGUGUCCGUGGAACUUGUUGAAGUCGUCGAACAAUUUCACGACAUAUCUCUCAGCCUACAGCGUCUUCCUGUCGUCGAUUGCGGCCGUCAUCAUCUGCGACUACUACGUCGUGCGCCGAGGUUAUUAUUGCGUGCGAGAUCUCUACUCGGCUCGACGUGCAUCGCCAUACUACUACCACUGCGGCAUGUCGUGGCGGGCAUAUACCUCGUAUAUAUGUGGUGUGCUCGUGAAUAUCGUUGGCUUUGCCGGCGCGGUUGGGGCCCAGGUCCCCAACGGAACGACGUAUAUCUACCGAGUCAACUUCCUCGUCGGCUCCCUGGUCGCCUUCGCGGUAUAUUACCUCCUGUGUCGGAUCAAGCCUGUCCCCGCUACGGAUGCGACCGAGGGCGAUGUCGUGGUAGAGGGGAAACGGCGACGAAGGCUCGUCGGACAAAUCACCUAG